AUGGCUGUGGUCUUGAGAUAUGUAGAUAAAUGUGGAAUUGUGAAAGAAAGAUUUGUUGGACUUGUUCAUGUAAGUGAAACAACUUCAGCCCAUCUCAAGUCUUCCAUUGAUGCACUAUUUGCUGAGCUUAACUUAAGUUUGAAGCAAGUUAGAGGCCAAGGAUAUGAUGGUGCUAGCAAUAUGAGAGCUAAGAGAAGGGAAAUGAUUAGAGAUAUUAACCUUAAAGAAAUGAGUAAGGCACUUGGGUGUGGGCAACUUCAAACUGGUAUAGGGUUAAAUCAAGAGCAAAGUGUUCAAAGACCUGGAGAUACUCGUUGGAGUUCUCAUUAUAAAUCUCUGAAGAGUAUAGUUGACAUGUUUUCUACAAUAAUGAAGGUACUAGAAAUUAUGGAAAAGGAUAAGGACUGGAAAAUUAUAGACCAAGCAUCAAAUCUUCGGGAGUCUUUCCAGUCUUUUGACUCCAUUUUCUAUUUGCAUCUCAUGUUGACUAUAUUAGGAAUCACAAAUACCUUGUGCUUAGCACUGCAGCGCAAGAAUCAAGAUAUAGUGAAUGCUAUUAACUGUGUGAGAGCCACUAGAUGCCAAUUAGAUGAGCUUAGAAGAGAAAAGUGGGAAAAACUAAUAGAUGAUGUGUAUGAAUUUUGUGAGAAGAAUGAUAUUGCCAAAUUGAAAAUGGAAGAUGAAUAUAUUGAUCCACAGAAGAGGAGGCACAAAUCUGGAAUCACAAACAAGCAUUACUAUCAAGUAGAUUGUUUCAAUGAUAUUAUUGAUUGGGUACUCCAAGAGCUUGACAGCUGCUUCAACGAGACAAGCUCUCAAUUGCUUGUAUGCUCGGCCUCUUUUAGUCCAAGAGACUUGUUUUGUGAUUUUAAUGUGGACAAGUUGUUGAGCCUAGCAAAGCUUUAUCCACAUGAUUUUGAUUCUGGAAAUCUGAGGGACCUUAGCAAUGAACUUGGCCUCUACAUAUUUGAUGUGAGAAAUGAUGAUAGAUUCUCCAACAUACAAACUAUUGCCGAGCUUUCUCAGAAAAUGGUGGAGACUAGAAAACAUGAUCGUUACCCACUAGUUUAUCGACUUCUGAAGCUUGUACUAGUACUGCCAGUUGCUACUGCUAUAGUUGAGAGGAUUUUCUCUGGCAUGAAGAUUGUGAAAACAAAUUUGCGCAACCGCAUCGGUGAUCAAUUUAUGAGCGAUUGUCUUAUUUGCUAUGUGGAGAAAGAAGAAAUGAUGAAAGUCACGAAUGAGUCCGUGAUUCGUCGCUUCAUGAAAAUGCAAGAAUGCAGAUUUGAUGAUAAUUAA